AUGUACUUCCAUCACAUCUCAAUCAGAAAACAUGGAGAAUCAAAGACCAGCUCCAGCCAGAAAGACACUUGGAGAUAUGCUAUGCAGCAAGGGCCAAGAUAUUUUUCUAGCAUAGCAAUACCACCCACCACCAAAACUUUGGAGAUGAAGCCAGCCUUCCUCAGCUUGAUCAGUUCUCAUCAAUUCACUGGAAUGGAUAAUGAAGAUCCAUAUACUCACCUUUCUACGUUCUAUGAAUUGAUAGGAACCAUGGGCUUUCAAGAAGGAGAUCUUGAGCAUGUAUACAUGCGUUUGUUUCCUUUUUCUUUGGCAGGUAAAGCAAAGGAAUGGCUUAAGUCACAUCCAAAUCAGAGUUUGAACAGCUGGAAGGAUGUUGAAGAGAAAUUCUUGAACAUAUUCUUUCCACCAUCUCGCUACAUCAAAGCCAAAGCUGAUAUUUCAACGUUUAGGCAAGGACCAGAUGAUCCAUUCUGUGAAGAUUGGGAGCGGUUCAAUUCCUUAUUGAGGAAAUGCCCAAAUCACGGAUUUGAAGAUAUUGCUCAGCUGAACAUAUUCUGCAAUGGUUUGAGGCCUGACACUAAGAUGAUAUUAGAUGCAGCAGCAGGUGGAACAAUGAUGAGUGUAGAUGCGGAGCAAGCAACAAGAAUCAUUGAGGCAUUAGCAUCCACAGAUCAUCAAGCUCAACAUAAUAGGCAAACUAUUCAGAGGAAGGGAGUGCUUGAUCUUAGUACUACAGAUGCGAUCUUAGCUCAGAAUAAAAUUCUGACUCAACAGAUUGAAGCACUGACGAAGCAGAUGUCUAAAUUACUAGAGCAGUUGCAAGUUGUGCAAUCUUCUCCUAGUCAACAACCCAUGAGAUGUGACUUUUGCGGAGGCGAUCAUCCAAAUGGUCAUUGUUCUUAUCAAAGUAGCUCACAAGGAGAAGUUCAAUACGUGAGUAACCAAGGAAGACCAGGAAAUUUCUCCAAUAAUAAUAACUUUUCACAGGGGUGGAGAAAUAAUCAAAAUCAGAAUUUUGGAUGGAAGCCAGAUGCUGGUCCUUCAAACAGACAACCUCCUUACCAACAGCAACAACAACAGUAUCCUUCUGUGCAUGACAGAACAACUAAACUAGAGGAUACUCUAGAAAAGUUUAUGCAAGCUUCUUUGACCAAUCAGAAAUAUACAGAAGCUUCAAUCAGAAAUCUUGAAAUACAGCUUGGACAAUUGGCUAAGCAAUUAUCAGAUCAGCAAGCAGGUCAAUUUUCAGCCAACACUCAGACUAAUCCGAAGGAGCACUGUAAUUCAAUUACUACCAGAAGUGGUAAAAUUGUGGGAAGAGGGAUUGGAGACAACCUGGUUGUAGAGGAGGAGAUGCCAACUUAUGCAAAAUUCAUGAAAGAGCUCCUAACAAAGAAAAGAAGAUUUUCUGAAGAGAUAGUGGAGCUGGAAGCAGGGUGCAGUGCUACAAUCCAGAAAUCAUUACCUCAGAAAUCCAAAGACCCUGGGAGCUUCACAAUUCCAGUCACAAUUGGAACAUUGCCAGCAGAUAAAGCAUUGCUCGACUUGGGUGCAAGUAUAAAUUUGAUGCCUCUGUCUAUGCUACGAAGAAUAGGAGAUCUGGAAGUAAAGCCUACAAGGAUGACAUUGCAAUUAGCUGACAGAUCUUUGAAGAAUCCAUAUGGAGUGGCACAGGAUGUUUUAGUUAAAGUUGACAAAUUCAUAUUUCCAGUCGAUUUUGUUGUGAUGGAUAUUGAGGAAGACAUUGAAGUUCCUCUGAUACUGGGAAAACCUUUCAUGAAAACAGCCAAGGUCAUUAUUGAUGUUGAUGAUACCAAACUGAAGGUCAGAGUGCAGGAUGAUGAAGUCAACUUUAAUGUAUUUGAGGCAAUGCAACACACUAAAGACAAACAACAACGUUUCAAAGUGGAUGUGAUAGAUGAAACUUUUUUAUCAACUAGGAAGCUGAUGUGA